GGAAACACUACAGCCACUGCAUCAAGACAGACCAUCAACAUUCCAGUCCGGGAUUGACUCAGUUUGCUACAACUCCAAACUAUACUACAAGAGACCAAACAGGGGAAUUAGUGUACAAUUUACCAAUAAGUAACAGGUUCUGACAUAAAGGAAAAGAGGAGGAGAGGGGGAUUUGAAGAUGGACCAGACCACGCAAGUGUGGCACACCCAGGCACCCAUGAGCCAGGAGGAGGACCUGGACAAGGGUGCGCCCCAGCCAGAGUGCUCCAUCUGCUUCAACACCUACGACAACGUCUUCAAGACGCCCAAGCUCCUGGACUGCACGCACACCUUCUGCCUGGAGUGCCUGUCGCGCCUGAUGGCGGUGAGCGGGGAGCCUGAUGAGAAGAAGAUCUCCUGCCCCUUCUGCAGACAGCCCACCUCCGUCCCGGACAACGGGCCUCCGGCGCUCACCACCAGCCAGGAGGUGCUGGAGAGGCUGCCGAGCAGCCAGCAGCAGGAGCAGAGCCUGUGGAUCGAGGAGCGGAAGCUCUGCUACAAGAGCCCGCUGGACCCGGAGAACCCAGUGCAACGGUGCAUCUGCAUCGACAUCGGCGCGGCCAAGCAGCCCGAGGGGGCGCCGCAGACGCAUGCCCGGGCCGGCGGGUGGGGCGUCCUGGGCCGGCUGACAAACUGGAAGCGCAUGAUCCUGGUGGUGGUGCUGCUGCUCCUGAUCGUCUGCAUCGUCCUGUGGCCCCUGCAGUGCGUCUUCACCACGGGGAACCUGCGCUGCGUGCGCUUCGGCAUGGCGGACGAAGGCCCCGCCCUCGUCACCACCGUCAGCGCCAGCACCGGAGAGCAUCACCCCCGCUGA